UGAAGAUUGACCAAUCCACGUCGACUAGCGUACCGCGACUCUGGCAACAUUCUUCACUUUGAGUCAAAGGUCAACAAUUAACACACUGACACGCUAAACACGAGGAACACGAGAAACCAAAUAAUUAAAAAGAGGCAGUUAAGAAGCAGAAGCAGCGGAUCAGGAAGGGGAAGCGGAGCAUCACUUUCAUCCUCAUCUCAUGGCUCAGAAAACAGUUGACAAAACAAGUGGUUUCUGCAAAUCGAAUUCAAUUUUCUACAGCAAACGAAAGCCCAUUCCACUUCCACAGAACCAUUCAGUGGAUGUGACCACCUUCAUAUCAUCGCGGGCCCACACUGGCAAAAUCGCCUUCAUCGACGCCUCCACCGGCCGCCACCUCACCUUCCCGGAGCUAUGGCGAGCCGUCCACUCCGUCGCCUCGUAUCUCUCCGACAUGGGCAUCCGAAAAGGCCACGUCAUCAUGCUGUUGUCCCCAAACUCAAUCUUCUUCCCGGUUGUGUGCCUCGCUGUGAUGUCCCUCGGCGCCAUCAUCACCACCACCAAUCCCCUCAACACCACUCGCGAAAUUGCCAAGCAAAUAGCCGAUUCCAAACCUGUCCUCGCCUUCACCACAAGGCAGCUUGUCCCCAAACUCGCCGGUUCCACUCUCCCCAUCGUCCUCAUCGAUGAUGAUCUGCACAACAAUGCCCAGAAAGAUGCAAAAGUGGUGUCGUCGUUGGAUGAGAUGAUGAGGAAGGAGCCGAGGGGAAGCCAAGUGAGGGACCGAGUAAACCAGGACGACACGGCUACUCUACUUUAUUCCUCCGGCACGACCGGUGCGAGUAAAGGCGUGGUGUCUUCGCACAGAAAUCUCAUAGCGAUGGUCCAGACGGUGCUUAGCCGAUUCGGAUUAGAAGAAGGGGAGCAAAGGUUUAUCUGCACAGUUCCUAUGUUCCACAUCUACGGCCUAGCGGCCUUCGCGACUGGGCUUCUUGCGUCGGGAUCAACGGUGGUGGUGUUGUCGAAGUUCGAGAUCCACGACAUGCUAUCGGCAAUCAGGAAGUAUGGGGCAACCUACCUGCCACUGGUGCCACCAAUAUUGGUGGCGAUGGUCAACGGUGCGGAUGAGAUCAAAGCCAAGUAUGACCUAAGCUCGUUGCGCUCGGUUUUGUCAGGUGGGGCUCCGCUGAGCAAGGAGGUCAUCGAGGGGUUUUUAGACAAGUAUCCGAGGGUACAGAUCCUGCAAGGCUACGGGCUGACGGAAUCGACGGGUGUGGGAGCGUCGACAGAUUCGCUGGAGGAGAGUCGAAAGUAUGGAACGGCGGGGCUGUUGUCGCCGAGCAUCGAGGCCAAGGUUGUGGACCCUGAUAGUGGUGAGGCUUUGGCGGUGAAUCGGACGGGUGAGCUUUGGUUGAGGGGUCCCACCAUCAUGAAAGGUUAUUUUAGUAACGCAGAAGCGACUUCAUCUACCCUUGAUUCAGAGGGAUGGUUAAAAACUGGAGACCUCUGCUAUAUUGACGAGGAUGGAUUCAUUUUCGUGGUUGAUAGGUUGAAGGAGCUGAUCAAAUAUAAGGGCUAUCAGGUACCCCCAGCGGAACUAGAAGCUUUAUUACUUUCUCAUCCUGAAAUUUCUGAUGCUGCUGUCAUACCAUUUCCAGAUAGGGAGGUUGGGCAGUACCCCUAUGCAUAUGUGGUAAGGAAAGCUGGAAGUAAUUUAUCGGCGACUGCAGUCAUGGACUUCGUGGCAGGACUGGUGGCCCCGUACAAAAGAAUUCGGAGAGUGACAUUUAUAGCUUCCAUACCCAAGAAUCCAUCAGGCAAGAUUCUGAGGAAGGAUCUUAUAAAGCUUGCAACCUCUAAACUUUGAGUAACCAACAGGCUUUCACCGGCAAGGAUGUUGGGGGCAAAUGUCAUUGUUGGUUCGUCAGUUUCGAAUGUUUAUAUUUAUGUGCUGCAAUAUGCAGAUUUCCUGGCUCCUUUGUUUGCUUUGACAUUAAGAAUGACUCUUUCAUUAUUAACAUCGUUAAGAAGUUGUACUAUAUUUUUACUUGGUUUCUUUUAGCUAGUUCCCAUAUCUUUCCGGGGACUUUAUUAUAACUUAUUGAGGAGGUUAAUAUAGUGUUCAUUAAGGAACAGUUGCUCUCA